AUGGCCGCCCUCCGGCUCCCCAUAGCUACAAGUGAUGGUCUACUUCUGGCUGUAACGCAGAAGGGACCAGUCAUUGCAGAGGACAUUAUCUCUCAUGCAGACUGCAACUUGACAUCAAGGUCCACGUUGUCCAGGGAGAUGAAACUCAAUCCACAGCAAGCUCCAUUGUAUGGACACUGUGUCGUCACCGUGCAGCUCGCUGACGAGGAGCUGGCUGCCGACCAUGAGGGCGUGGACUACUUCCUGCUGUUCGCCGGCAGCACGCAGAGGCACCUCACCAGCACCCUGAGGAGCAGCCAUGACACCUUACAAGCCCUGUGUCCCGCUCACGACUGCUGCGAGGGGGUGUUGGUCACCUUGUGUUCAGCCGCCCGAGAUAUCUCUGAGGACAGAAAGUGUCACUUAGGCCAUGUGGCUCCAUUGGCCGAGCAGCGAUUCAGCUUUGUCCAGGAUUUGGCUUUCGACAUGGCCCAGUUUCUGGUGAGCACAGUGGGCCGGGCCGAUGGCCUCGACGGGGCAUUGAUGCUGGACGAGUGUCGGAUCCCCCUGCAAGAGUGCGAGCGCCUGGACGAGAGCCUGGCACUGGCCCUGCAGCACAUCCCACUGCCUCCAGGAUGGAACUUACUGGGGAGUAAAUGGACCAGCGGCACCGACCUGAGUCCUCAGGAGACUCUGCUGCAUUUCUCCGCUCGCCGCGGCCUCUCUCGGGUCGCCCACUUCUUGCUGCAGCAGCCCGGAGCCACACAGGCCCUCCUAUUGGCCAACAGAGAGGGCCACACCCCGUCGGCCCUAGCGGCUUCGAGAGGGCACGAAGACCUCCAUGAGCUCCUGGAAAAGGCUGAGACGGAGCAGAGGACCGAGACGGACCAGAGGGCUGAGCCUUCCCAGCCGGUGUCCGGAGACGCCCGGGUGCUCUGCCACCUCCCCACGCUGAAAACGCACACCCUGACGGUGAACGUCCAGCCGGGCUGCGAGCCGCCCACCCUCCAGAAGGGCGUGGAGCAGCUCCUGCACCUAAUAAGCCAUCUUCACCGCGAGGGAGUUUCUGUGCUGGAGCUUCAGCUGGACUCUCUCCACACUGCUGCCGAGUGCUCCGACAGCGUGGAGGCAGACUUAUCCUGUCAGGGGCAGCUCCAACAGGCUGCUCUGGCGUCAGAGUGCCUGGAAUCAGUGGCCGAGGGGAGCGGGAGAGAGCACUGCACACCCGAAAGCGCUGACAGUGUUGAUUGUGGACACGGUGAGAUUGGGAAUGCGGAGAAGGACUGCACUUUGUUUGUGAGCGAUCCAACUUCAGAAAUACGCCCCCAGGAGCAUGGCCUCGGCCCCCCAGAGGACUGGGUGUGCCUCGCUCCAAACUGCGAGGGAGAGCUUUGCCAAACGGAGGAGGAGGGGAGGGAGCAGCCAGUUGUUUCCAGCCAGGAUUUGAGUUUGAGUUUGUGUGACAGGAGCGAAGGAGCACGGGGUGAGGCUGAGGGGGAAAGCGCCACUGCUGGAACCCCACCAGCAGCAGGCAGCGGUAAACAGGCAGAGGAAACUGGUAGAGGGGAGACUGAUAUCCGGGAAGAACACCGAGAGGAACAGUCUGAGCAGGAAGCAAAGGACGACGCGGCCCAGAGGAGGGAGGAGGAGGAGACCAGCUCAGUAGAGUCAACCGAUCUAAUAGCAGCCUGUGGAGAAACAGACAUGGGCCAGUCUCCGUCAUCGGGAAGUUCCAACAUUUCAGACGCCUCCGAUUCGGAACUGAAGUUGUGUUGUGAGGAGGGAGAAAGCGUGGAGGAAGAAGUGGCAAAAGUUGUCCAGGAGCUGUGUAACCAACUCUGUCUCCAUGAUAAGGAGGGUGACAGGAAAGGGUUAACGGACAAUGUAUCAGCCCCGGGAGACCUCCCCAUCCCAUCGCUGAUUGACUGCGGUGAUGUAAUCGACAUGCCCGAAUCUGCUGUUCCAUGUCUCCUGAUAGAAGGCCUUCAUGAGGGGGAACCUCCGCCAGACAUAAACAGCCGAGAACAAAACCAGGAAACAGCUGGUGGGGAUUAUGCAGUACAGCGGCAGGGUUUGGCUCCAGAAACUGGCUGUCAUUCUGGGAAUUGUUCCGCCGCAGAGAGCGUUGAAGAGCCAGACAGGGAAGACGGAGACGAGCCCCGUGGAGCCGAGAGCGCGGGACCGGCCGCGGAGGAGCCCGACAGUACCGACCGCCGGGACUCUGGCAGCCCCGCACGGGAAACGCAGGCCGAGCCUUUGAUCUCGCCCGAAAAGAUGCCCGUCAAAAGACAGGCGGACCACGACCCGAGCACGGCCCAGGGCCUCUCCAGCGACGACGAGGGCAGCUUCAGAUCAUUCGGGAGCUCCUCGACGGAAAUAUUCCACCCCAGCCAUGAGAGCGUGUCGGCAGAGCCGCCCUCAACAGGAAGCCAGAUGGACGACCCCAACGAGCCCCAGUCAGAUGGAAGCGGCGGAGGCUCGUCAAGUGUGGACGAGCCGCCCGCAUCGGGAGCCGGCGCAGACCGUCACGACAGCGCCGAGGCUUCAGCACAGGUGGCAGAGCCCAUCCAGGCUUCAGAGGCCUUGACACCCGAGGGGAAGGAAGAGCCGACCCCAGAGCCUUCCCAAGAGGACCUGCUGUUGGAUCAGGUGUUGUUAGCGGGCGACGGAGCUCCAGAAGCGGAGGAUGCCGACGGCGGGAGCGGCGAAUCCGACAGCCCUGACCCGACCAUGGAGAUGGAGGAUCCUGCCCCAGAACCAGGUCCAUCUGACAGGACGGAGAGCGGAGACGUUCUCCCGGUCCAGGAAGAGGAUCGACAGGAGGAGCCAUGUGAUAAACCCGUGAUACAGCAGCCCAAACAGGACGACCCGGAGAAGACGGCAGAGGAGGCGCCAGCUGAGGAGCGCCUCGCCGUCCCCCCGUCGGAGGUGGCAGAUAUAAGUCCUGUCCCUGGAGAAACACCCGCCCCCGUGGCCGAUUCCUCCACGGAGCCCCCCGCAGAGAAUCAGAUGUCCGAGAAGGCAGAGGCUCCCGACACGGAUGGAGCUCUUCAGAGCAGCAGCGAAGACACCCAAGAGGUGGAUGUCAACAAGUCUGAAGACACUGCAAGUGAAGCAGGAGAGGAAGAAAGUGGCCCAGCAGAGGGAACAGACUCCUCCACGGCUCUGCUUGGUUGCGGAUUUGGCUUUGAUGAUAAGGCGUCUUAG